AUGCGAUCGGGAGGCUCUAUGAUUAAAACAGGGCCAAUAAAAAUAAACCGGGGAAUAUUCCAAGGAGACACACUGAGCCCCAUUUGGUUCUGUUUGGCACUCAACCCUCUCAGCCUAAUUCUCAGGAAGACUAAAUAUGGAUAUGUAAUCAAUAAGAACAGACAAGUUUCUAUUAACCACCGCUUUUUCAUGGAUGAUCUGAAAUUAUAUGGGGCAAAUUUCGAACAACUUAAGAGAAUGCUAGAAAUAGUGGCAUCCUUCAGUGAGUCAAUUGGAAUGGAGAUGGGAGUCGAGAAAUGCGCGGUCCUAGAUGUCAGAAGGGGACGAAUUCAGGAGACAGAGGAAGGAGCAAUACUAAUGAAUAACAUCACGAUACCUGCCUUGAGUGAGGAUACCCCAUAUAAGUACCUAGGAAUCAAGCAAGCACUUGAAAUAAAAACACCAGAGAUGAAGGAAUCUUUUAAAAAAAAGCUUCUGAGCAGGGUCGGAUUGCUUCUUAGAGCUAAGCUCAACUCCAAAUCUCUCUUCACAGCCAUCAACAUUUGGGCGAUCUCAGGCAUGGCUUAUUCAUUCGGCAUCCUCAACUGGUCAUUGACUGACCUCCGGGGUCUAGAUAGGGACAUAAGAUCUAUGUUGACGAAAUAUGGAGUACACCAUCCCCACUCCUCGACUAUGAGACUUUACCUCCCCCGACAUCAAGGGGGGAGAGGACUGCUGAGUUUGGAGGACGUCCAUGGGAAAAACGUGUGUGACUUAAGACAGCACUUCCUGAGGAAUAACUCACCUGUGUUCAGGGCUAUCCGCGAGGCAGAUGACAGAAUAUCAGCAUUGAAGCUCUCUGAUGCGGAGUAUCAGGUCCCCAGGUGUACCGAGGGAGAACGUAUUGAAGAGUGGAACUCCAAGGCCUUACACGGCAGGUAUCCGGCUCACCUGAAAAGUGAAGAUGUGAAUAGGGUGGAGUCCCUAACUUACCUGCGGGCUGGGUACCUGUUUCCAGAAACGGAAGGGAGACUCCUCGCUAUACAAGAUCAGGUGGUACCCACUAGAAUGUAUAUGAAACAUAUUGCCAAGCAAGCAGUCCCAUCCGACAGAUGCCGAAAAUGCUCUCGAGCAGCCGAAUCCAUCCAACAUAUUACCUCCUCAUGCCCGAUUUUGGCUCCCAAAGAUUAUCUCGAUAGGCACAAUUCAAUGGGAAGGAUAUACCAUCAACAUAUUGCUCUGAAGCUUGGGUUGCUGCAUGAUGAAAUACCACAACACUUAUACCAGCCGAAAACACUCCUGCAGAACCAGCGCUACAAGUUGUAUUGGGACGCAACGCUUAUAACCGACAGAGGGGUUGCGCACAAUAGACCGGACGUUGCGCUCUUCGAUAAGGAGAAAGAAACAUGCCUGCUGCUGGACUUCACGGUUCCAGCGGACGAGAAUCUAGCGAGAGCUUACUCGGAGAAGAUAACAAAAUAUCAUGAACUCGCUUACCAACUACGUGAGAUUCAUAAGCUUAAAUCCGUUGGUGUGCUCCCGUUGAUCAUUUCAGUGAAUGGUCUGGUCGAAAAACAUCUGCCCGAAAACACUGAAAGACUUUGUCUGGACCGCAGUGUUAUAUCGAGUUCGCAGAAACAGGUGAUGCUGGGUACGGCGAGAAUGGUCAGAAGGUUUCUCCAAGGUCCGUAG